AUGCCCAAGUUGCUAGAUUUGGACGUUUCGGUCAGCAUCGAAGGGCGAAGGUUGCCUGAAUACGAUGUCGAGGUUUCGGACUCUGCAUCAGCAUCAGGCGACUCGGAGGUGCCAGUGAUAACCUGCUGGAUCCCAUCUGAAGUGAAUAAACAUUUCAAGAUCGAUAUUGUUCCUCCACCACCACCGCUUGCCCACCACUUGUACACCAACCUCUUCCUUGAUGGUUUCCGGACCUAUGGUGUCCCGCAAAUCAUCCGCAAACACAACCCGUUGGCGAGGUCGAUUGAUAGAGAUCGUGCAGUCGAGGGUGGCAGAAGGUACGAGCGCCCUUUCAUGUUUGCACCGCUUCAAGUGGUUACUGGUGAUGAGACUGCUAGCACUGAGACGGACAGGAUCGGGGAGAUUGAGAUCAGGGUAUUCAGAAUCGACUCCUACGGCCCUUCGACUUCGACGAAAAAGUGUUCCCGGCGUAGAACGCAUCUGUCGGGCAGAGUCAACGACAACUCUGAAGGGAAGGGAUUGACUCAUUGUAUCCAGUUGGGAGAAGCUCACGAGAUUGAAAGCCAGAGCAAGCCGCCGUUAAUGCGCGGGAAAUCUAAAGAGCAUAUAGCGACUUUUAUAUUCAGAUAUAGAGAUAUCGACACGCUCGUCGCUCGAGGGAUCGCGCCGCGAGACGCUUUGGCGUCGACCACUGUUGGUCCUGAGCCCUCCUCUGAAAAUGAAGCUAUCCUUCCGAGCCCGAGGAAGAGAGCAUACAGCGAUGUCGCUCUCCAGGACGAGAUGGACACAGACUGUAACAAGGAGGGCUCACAAAGGGCAGGUCGUUCACCCGCUUCACAAUCCGAUGUCGGUCCACCAAAACCGAAGAAGGGACGAUACGAUGAUGACGAUAUCGACGUUAAAGAGGAGUACGUCGAGGAUAAAGGAGCUAUUGGCUCUCCUUCCGCUCAGGGAUAUGAGUCCGGGUCUUUGAAUCCGAGGAAGAGAACAUAUAAUGACGUCCUUGUCGAGGUUGGAAGUGACGCCUACGGGGAAGAAAGCGAUUGGAGGGAAGCACGUAAACGCGUUAAGAGGACUGUCUGGUCCGAGGGCUCUGCUACGCCUUUUCCUGGAGAACUUGAGGUGAUCGACGUCAUGGAUAUUGACUGA